AUGUCGAGGCAUACAUUGAUGGAUAUGAUUGUUGACCAAGAUGGUCAAGGGUCACUCAUCCAUGGUCAAGAUAAGGAAGUCCAAAACGGUGCUAGUGAGCAAGUAACCGAAAAUGAAGAGCUCAAGAUGGGGCGUUUCGUAUCUGGCUUGGACCCAGAAUUACAAGACAAACUUGAAGGUUAUACUAACCUCACGUUUGUUGAAGCUUGCAAAUUGGUGAUUAAGUUCGAUGCUAAGAGGAAAAAGAAGAAGCCUACUACCAUCCCUCAAUUGGCACGAAAACCUUCUUUCCCUACAAAGGAAGGUUCUUCCUUCAACAAACCAAGUAAUCCACCAAAGAAGGACACCAAGGACGUGAAGCUAGGUGACAUUGUGUGUUACAAAUGUGGAGGACGAGGUCAUUACAAGAAGGAUUGUCCUAAUACUAGGGCGUUAACCAUACAAGAGGUUAAGCUCAUGGCCACUCAAAACAUCAACUGGGAUGAGUUUGAGGAGGAGGAAGAAGAAGUUGAAGAUGAUUGUGAUGAUUGCAUGGCCGAGCCAGAGGGGAAGACUAGCCUCGUGAUUAGGAGGGCCUUGCAAGCACGUGUGGAAGAGCAUGCUGCCCCCCAACGCCAACACAUUUUCAUCACCCGUUGUAGAAUUGGUGACGAGGUAUGUGAUUUGAUUAUUGAUGGAGGGAGUGAGGCUAAUACCGUGUCUAAGACCUUAGUAUCUAAACUUGGUCUAACUACUACUAAUCAUCCACAACCUUACAAGUUGAGUUGGUUAGAUUCAAAUGCUAGCACCGGGGUUAGGAAGCAAUGCAUGGUUUCUUUUUGUGUUGGUUCAUAUUGUGAUUCUAUAUUAUGUGAUGUUGUGUCUAUGGAUGCUUGUCAUAUUCUACUUGGUAGGCCUUGGCAAACUGAUAAAAAGGAUUUUGAGGACGUUUUUCCGGAUGAAUUACCUAAAGGACUACCACCCAUACGAGGAAUUGAGCAUCAAAUUGAUCUCAUUCCCGGAGCCCCGUUGCCAAAUAAACCAGCCUAUAGAUGUAACCCUUUAGAAACUAAGGAGUUACAACGACAAAUUGAAGAGCUAAUGGGUAUGGGUUAUGUGCGUGAGUCCAUGAGUCCAUGUGCCGUUCCUGCUUUGUUGGUCCCUAAGAAAGAUGGUACUUGGAGAAUGUGUAUUGAUAGUGAUGGCGUGAAGGUAGACCCUAGCAAAAUUGAAGCAAUUCAAUCAUGGCCUAGUCCAAAAACACUCACGGAGGUCCGUUCUUUCCAUGGCCUAGCUUCUUUCUAUAGAAGAUUUAUCAAGAAUUUUAGCACACUCAUGGCUCCUAUAACUGAGUGUACUAAGAAGGGGACGUUUGAAUGGACUACACAAGCUCAAAAGGCCUUUGAAGAAGUCAAGGAAAAAAUGUGCAACACUCCUAUUCUUGCACUCCCUGAUUUUUCCAAGCCAUUUGAAGUUGAGUGUGACGCAAGUGGAAAAGGUAUUGGUGCCGUGUUGAUUCAAGGUGGGCGUCCAAUUGCUUAUUUCAGUGAGAAGAUGAGUCAAGGCAAGUUGAAUUACUCCACCUAUGACAAAGAGUUCUAUGCUAUGGUAAGAGCUCUAGAACAUUGGUCACAUUAUUUGAGGCCACAACCUUUCAUUUUGCAUUCCGAUCAUGAAUCAUUGAGGUUCAUACAUGGUCAAAAGAAGCUGAACGCAAGACACGCAAAGUGGGUCGAAUUUUUGCAAACAUUUAACUUUUCCUCUAAAUACAAGAGUGGGAAAGCUAAUGUGGUUGCGGAUGCCUUAUCUAGAAGACAUAAUGGUUUUCUUUUUAAAGGAAAUAGAUUAUGUAUUCCAAAAUGUCCCAUUAGAAGUUUGUUGAUACAUGAAGCUCAUGGGGGAGGACUAGCUGGUCACGUUGGUAUUCACAAGACAAUGGAGCUUCUCCAAGCUCACUUUUAUUGGCCGAAAAUGUUAGCCACGGUUCAUCGUGUGGUGAGUCGUUGUUCUACUUGUCAAAGAGCAAAAAUGGUGUUUCACAAAGGUCUCUACAAGCCCUUGCCAAUUCCCGAAAGACCUUGGGAAGAUGUUAGUAUGGAUUUUAUUGUAGCUUUGCCUAGAACUCAAAGAGGCAAGGAUUCAAUAAUGGUGGUGGUUGAUCGGUUCUCAAAAAUGGCUCACUUCAUUCCUUGCCAUAAAACUGAAGAUGCAAUGAAAGUGGCUAAGUUAUAUUUUGAAGAGGUGGUUCGUUUUCAUGGGGUGUCACGCACCAUUGUGUCGGAUCGUGAUACUAAGUUCCUAAGUCAUUUUUGGAAGUCUAUGUGGCGUUUGAUGGGAACUAAGUUGCUGUUUUCUACCUCACAUCAUCCACAAACUGAUGGUCAAACGGAGGUGGUGAAUAGAAUACUUGGUUCGUUGCUUAGGGCUUUGGUGAGCAAAAGUACCAAAGAUUGGGAUAAUAAACUUGCUCAUGCCGAGUUUGCUUAUAAUAGGACACCUAGUGCUACUACAAAGUAUUCUCCUUUUGAAGUAGUCUAUGGCGUCAAUCCUUAUGUUCCCAUUGAUCUUAUUGCUUUGCCAAAAGACAAUUGGGGACUUGGUGUGGAUUUACAUGAGGAAAGAACGUUUUCUAGCAAAAGGAAGAACAAGCUUAUGCCAAGAGCCGAGGGUCCGUUUGAGGUCAUGGAAAAGAUCAAUGACAACGCAUACAAAGUUGAUUUGGGAGGCCAAUAUGGUGUCUCAAGUACAUUCAACAUUGGUGAUCUUGCUCCUUACUUUGAUGAUGACGAAUUGAGGGCAAUUCCUUUUGAAGAAGGGGAGGAUGACCAAGAUGGUCAAGGGUCACUCAUCCAUGGUCAAGAUAAGGAAGUCCAAAACGGUGCUAGUGAGCAAGGUACUGAGGGAAUCUUUUUGUCCAAAUCAUUCUUCAAUCCAAUGCACGGUUUUAGUCCAAAGAGUUUAACAAAUGGUUACACUUCUCUUAGUGUAACUAAUCUUGUUGAAGGCAUCUAGUUAAUGUGUCGUUUUUCCAAGCUUGAAGCCACGCAUGAUUGAUGCAUUUGAGAGUUACAUUGGACUGAUUAUGAAGGCGUGAUUCAAGGCUUGUGUUGGGCGUGAAUUAAGGCAUUGGUUGGCUGAUUAUUCUACCUCUUUACUUGGG